CUACCAUUUUGUGUUUGAUUGGUUUCUGCUGCACACCCUCUCUCUCUACACCGGCGAACUUUCUCUCUCCAGAUUCCGAUCUGUUUCGCACAAUCUCCAAGAAUGCCAUCGGACCGCGGGGAGCUCUCCUCCGAAGAGGUAUUGCGGAGGGAUAUUCCGUGGGAGACGUACAUGACGACUAAGCUGAUCACGGGGACCGGUCUGCAGCUGCUGCGGCGGUAUGAUAAGAAGCCGGAGGCGUACAAGGCUCAAUUGCUUGAGGAUGAUGGCCAGUCUUAUGUUCGGGUCUUUGUGAGCAUAUUACGUGACAUAUUCAAGGAAGAAACCGUGGAAUAUGUGUUGGCUCUUAUUGAUGAAAUGCUUUCAGCAAACUCCAAAAGAGCUAGACUGUUUCACGAUGAGUUGCUCUCCAAUGACGAUAUUUAUGAGCCUUUCCUGAGAUUACUCUGGAAAGGUAACUGGUUUAUACAAGAGAAGAGUUGUAAGAUACUUUCUAUUAUAGUAGGUGAAAGGCCAACAGCGCAUGAGACUGCCACCUCUAAUGGCGCUUCAAAUUCAAAGAAGGGAAUUACUACUACAGAUGAAGUUUUUAAGGGGCUGAUUGAGUGGCUUUCGACUCAGCUGAAGAAGCCAUCUCAUCCUACCCGUAGCGUUCCCACAGCUAUUAAUUCACUUUCAGCUCUACUGAAAGAAUCUUCUGCACGAUCUUUAUUUGUUCAAGAAGAUGGAGUGAAGUUGCUCAUUCCUCUGAUUACUCCAGUUUCCAACCAGCAAUCCAUACAACUUCUCUAUGAAACAUGCUUUUGUGUCUGGGUCCUAUCUUACUAUGAACCUGCAAUCGAGUACCUGGCUACUUCUAGGUCCUUGCCACGGUUGAUUGAAGUUGUCAAGGGGUCCACAAAAGAAAAGGUUGUCAGGGUAGUUGUCUUGACCCUCAGAAAUUUGUUGAACAAAGGGACUUUUGGUGCUCAAAUGGUAGACCUCGAAUUACCACAGGUUGUUCAGAAUUUGAAAGGCCAAGCAUGGAAUGAUGAGGAUCUGAUCGAAGCUCUGAACCAACUGGAACAAGGUUUGAAAGAUAACAUUAAGAAGCUAAGCUCGUUUGAGAAGUAUAAGCAGGAAGUCCUCCUUGGACAUCUUGAUUGGUCUCCCAUGCAUAAAGAUCCUAUUUUCUGGAGGGAGAACAUCACUAGCUUCGAAGAACAUGAUUUCCAGGUGCUAAGGGUCCUGAUAACAAUUCUGGACACAUCCAACGAUCCUAGGACUCUUGCUGUCGCCUGCUAUGAUCUCUCACAGUUCAUUCAGUGCCAUCCGGCUGGGAGAGUCAUUGUCAACGACCUCAAGGCGAAAGAGCGCGUGAUGAAACUGAUGAACCAUGGAAACACAGAAGUCACCAAAAAUGCCCUGCUCUGCAUCCAGAGGCUAUUCCUCGGUGCCAAAUAUGCAAGCUUCUUGCAGGCUUAGACUUAUUUGUUUGUAGAAGUCUUUCGAAUCUCUCAAGUAUGUUUUCGCUGCGGAUUUGAAUAUUUCGCGAUAUUUAAUCUGUUAUUGUUUAUAUAUUUCUUGUUCACGACACAAUAAAAUGUAGCUUCGCAUUUGUAUUUCAGAUAUGUAUCAAUAAUGAUCUUCAUAUAAUGUUGAAUGCUGUGAGUACUUGGAUGGUCGGUUGAAA